AUGUCCGAAGUUGCAGCCCAACCUUCGGCAGGGCAAAUCACACUGCAGGCACGGGACCUGGUCAAAGUUUACCAGGCCGGAGCAACAGAAAUUCGCGCCCUCGAUGGUGUGGACCUGGACCUUUUUACCGGCGAGUUAGUUGUGCUGGUGGGCGCUUCGGGAAGCGGCAAAUCAACAUUGCUCAACAUUCUGGGUGGAUUAGAUACACCGACAUCUGGAACGCUGCAAUUCAGAAACGAUCGGCUGGAUACAGGCAACGACCUGAUCAUGACCCAAUAUCGGCGCCGUCACGUUGGUUUCGUUUUUCAAUUCUACAACCUCAUCGCCAGCCUGACUGCCGAGGAAAACGUCGCUCUUGUGACGGAAAUCGCCGAUGCACCACUGACACCGGCUGACGCUUUAGCACUGGUAGGCCUGGGUGAUCGUCUGCGCGCAUUUCCGGCAGAGCUGUCAGGCGGUGAACAGCAACGUGUGGCCAUUGCGCGUGCCAUUGCCAAGCAGCCGGACCUGCUUUUGUGUGAUGAGCCGACCGGCGCACUGGACAGUAAAACCGGCGUGCUGGUACUGGCCGCGAUUGAACAGGUGAACCGCGAACUGGGCACCACAACCGCACUCAUCACGCACAACCGUUCAAUCUCCGGCAUGGCUGAUCGCGUCUUGCGCUUUGCCGAUGGCCGUAUCGUGGAAACGUCCACUAACCACACACGUACGCCAGUCGCUGAGCUGGCGCUCACCGAUACUGCAGCUGCCUAUUAUGAACGGUAUCAGUUUGCCGAUGUCUUUGCCGAUGCCACGCGGGCACCGCGAAAGGUCCUGCGCGAGAUAGAAGCGUUACCUGGCGUCAGAAUUGCCGAAGGUCGUAUCGUUAAGUACGCCACCAUAGAUGUUGAGUCCUUUGCCGAACCCAUUGCAGGGGUUUUCACCUCGCUACCAGAACAUUCUCUGCCAAGGCUCAACCAGCUUGCCCUUAGAGCCGGGCGCAUGCCGGUGGCGAUCCAGAGCAACGAGGUGUUAGUCAGCGAACCAUUUGCGCAGGCGCACAGCCUGCAACCCGGAGAUAGGUUCAAGGCAUUGUUGAAUGGCCGCAAACGCAGCCUGAAAAUUGUUGGCAUCGCCUUGUCACCUGAGUUUGUUUACGCCAUCGGACCCGGCACACUUAUGCCGGAUGCAGCACGCUACGGCGUGGUAUGGAUGGGUGAAGAGGCGCUCGCUGCCGCGUUUGAUCUUGAGCAUGCAUUUAAUAAUGUGGCUGUGAGUCUUUGGCCUGAUGCCUCACUGUCGCAAACGCUGAGCAGCAUCGACUUAUUGUUAGAAAACUACGGUGGUACCGGCGCUAUUGCACGGGAUGACCAGGUUUCCAACUGGUUUGUAAUGAACGAAAUUGCACAGCUGCGCAGCAUUGCAGGCGUUUUACCUCCCAUUUUCCUGGCAGUGGCCGCAUUUCUGACAAACAUGGUGCUGGCACGCCUGGUCUAUAUUGAGCGCGCCGAAAUUGGCCUGCUUAAAGCCUUUGGGUACAGCAACGCCACGAUGGCCUGGCACUAUACAAAAUUUGUCAUUGUCAUCAGUGGCCUGGGCGUGCUGCUUGGCUGGCUGCUGGGUUUCUGGUUGGGCCACCUGAUGACCAGCAUGUAUGCAGACUUCUUUCGCUUUCCUCUGCUGGUUUAUGCGCCGAACGUGAACAUUUAUCUUCUUUCCGGCUUUAUCAGCAUCACGACAGCUUUGUUUGGCGCCGUCGGCGCCGCCCGGUACGCUGCUCUGUUACCGCCUGCAGAAGCUAUGCGGCCCUCAUCGCCACCACCUUUCCGUCAUCACACGCUUGGAUUGUCUCAGCUGCUGAAACUUAUUGACCAACCCACUCGGAUUAUUUUCCGGCAGGUGCUACGUCGGCCGUUGCGUACCCUACUGACCAGCCUUGGCGUAGCCGCCUCUGUGGCGGUUCUGGUCACCAGCCUGCAAUGGCUGGAUGCCAUCGAAUACAUCGUUGCAGAUUACUUCAAUACGCAGCAACGUCAGGACCUGACCGUUGCCCUGGUUGAAUCCAAAAAGUUCGAGGUAGGCAACAAUUUGAUGCGGCUACCCGGUGUACAAGCUGUUGAAGCCCAUCGCGCGAUAGCGACACGGCUGCACUUUGGUGCGCGUCAGCGCCGCGAAGCGCUGCUGGGAUUACCGCUAAACAGCGAGCUAGAAGUGCUGCACGACGUCGAUGGCAGUCGUGUUGCAUUACCGCCAGCGGGUUUGCUGAUGUCUACCGCGAUGGCCGACCUCCUGGGUGUGCAGGUGGGAGACACGGUGAUUGUCGAAGUCCUGCAGGGGCGACGUCCAACGCUCAGCAUUCCUGUAGCUGCAGUAUUUGAGACCCUGGUAGGCACCCCGGUUUAUAUGAACAUAGAGCCCUUAAACCGAGCGCUGCACGAACCUGAACAAACCAAUCUUCUGCUGGCUCUUUUUGACCAGAGUCAGCAACCCCUGCUGCUGAACAAAUUAAAAGAUAUUCCGGCUGUUGCCGGUGUCGUACUUAAACGCGCGGCGAUUAAAUUAUUUAAUCAGACCAUUGGCGAAACCAUGCUGAUCAUGAUCUUUUUCUAUGUCGCGUUUGCUGCCACGCUGGCAUUCGGCGUGCUCUACAACAACAUGCGCAUCUCUUUGUCUGAGAGAGGUCGGGAGCUGGCGACCCUGCGUGUGCUGGGAUUCACCAAAGCGGAAAUUGCUUACAUGUUGUUUGGUGAAGCGGCUGUGUUGACGCUGUUAGGGCUUCCCAUCGGCUGUCUGCUGGGUUGGCUGCUGGCAGAGUAUAUGGCGCAGGGUUUCAACAAUGAACUGUUUCGCUUGCCGGUGGUUAUCGCACCAGCAACCUACGGUUACAGCAUGCUGGUUGUGAUCGGAUCAGCAAUCGCAUCAGCGUUUUUUAUCGAGCAACUGAACAAGAAAGCAAACACCACCACGGUCAACACGAAACGUGUGUUGAUCUGGUUAGUACCCGGCCUUGUGCUGGUGCUGUCGAUGUUCAUGCUGUUCCGCCCUCGCGCCGAGCUGGUUGACAUCGUUGAAGUCAAACUACGGCCGAUGAGAGUCACCAUUGAUGAAGAGGGCAAAACGCGAGCCAGAGAGAUUUUCACCAUCUCUGCGCCGGUGCAGGGCCGCCUGCUGCGCACCAGAUUAAAAGAAGGGGAUCAGGUUGUUGCUAACCAGACCGUGGUUGCAGAAAUCGAGCCCAGCGAUGCUGAAUUCCUGGACCCUCGUGCUCAGGCAGAAAGCGAAGCGUUGCGGGAUGCGGCAGCUGCCGCUCGCGAGGUUGCCCUGGCUGAGCUGAAACAGGCAAAAGCAGAACGGGACUUCGCCUCUGCUGAAGUUAAACGCGCCCAUGACCUCUUUGCAAAAGGUACCAUCGCCCGGCAGAAAGUAGAUGAUGCUGAGCGAGGCGCCCAGGCAACCCAGGCAGCGGUUGAAGCAGCUAUGGGUAACCUCAAGGUACGGGACUAUGAACUCAAUCGUGCCCGCGCGCGGCUCGUGCCGCCCACGGGCUCGGCCUCCAGUCAAUCACCCUGCGCAUGUGUCACCCUGCGCUCACCCAUAGAUGGGCGGGUUUUACGCAUCCUGCAGAAAAGCGAAACCAUCGUUACCCCUGGUGCGCCGCUGAUGGAAGUCGGUGAUCCUCGAGAUCUGGAGAUUGUUGCCGACAUGCUGUCCUACGAUGCCGUGAAAAUCCGACCUGGUCAGCAGGUGAUUAUCGACGGCUGGGGAGGCAAUGAAGUGCUACUUGCGCUGGUGAGAAUGGUUGAACCAUUUGCCUUUACCAAGACGUCAGCACUGGGCAUCGAAGAGCAGCGCGUCAAUGUAGUCAUGGACCUUCUCGACGCGCCGUCAGAUGAUGUGUCGCUGGGACAUGCCUUUCGUGUGAAUGUCCGGGUCGUGAUGUGGCAAUCUGAGGCUGUCAAAACAAUUCCGUUGACCGCUUUAUUCAGACAUGACAACGGCUGGGCUGUAUAUCUCGACAACGACGGCGUCGCGAGCACAACCCCAGUAACCAUAGGGCACAGUUCAAAUCUUGACGUCGAAGUCAUCAGCGGUUUGCAGGUCGGUGAUCGGAUAGUUCAACAUCCCAACGACCGUUUAAGUGAUGGCACACGAAUCUCUCGCCGUUGA